CUGAGCCGGCGGCACACGAGCAUCUCCACGAGAGCAUGCGCACCAAACCAUUAUAUCCACAGAACAUCCCCCAUAUUGUCAUGAGUUGAACGGCCGACCAUAAAAAUAGCGAGCAGCCUCCCAACCGCGCCAUGCCUGCCUCGAAACCCUCCACGACUUCCAACGAGGAUGUCCACGAAACGCCGCGCAACAGCGCCGCAUCUGACGCCAACGUCGGGGACGGCCUGGACAAAGUGGAACUCAGCGAUCUCGAAUCAACGCCGCCGCCGCUGCCGAUUGAAUCGGAUUUAAUGCAACUUGCUCGUCUAGGGGAGUUAAGAGCUAUACAGAAAUUGUUUGAUUCCGGGCGGUAUAAUGCAAAAUCGACGGAUGAGCAGGGCAUAACGGCAUUACAUUGGGCCGCGAUCAAUGGUCACGUCGCGCUAUGUCAUUUCCUCCUUCAGUCCGGCGCAGACGUCAAUGCGAAAGGCGGCGAUGCCAUGGCUACACCGGUUCUAUGGGCGAGCAAGCGUUUCAACCUCCCCGUGAUUUCACUACUCCUCUCACAUGGUGCGGAUCCCCUACUACGAGAUGAUCAGGGAUAUAACCUCCUCCAUUCGGCGACGCUCGAUGGCAAUGUCUUCCAGUUGACCCUGCUUCUACAUCAAGCCGAUCUGCCGGUAGAUGUUCAAGAUUCGCAAGGGCAUACCUCUCUGAUGUGGGCUGCGUAUAAAGGCUUUCCAGCAUGUAUCGACGCUCUGCUUCGUUUCGGUGCAGACGUACACGCAGUAGACGAUAUGGGUUUCACCGCGCUACACUGGGCACUGGUCAAGGGCAGCUUUCCCUGCAUUCAGAAACUCAUCGAGCAUGGCAGUGAUCGUUUCGUCCGGAGUAAACCUCAGGGCGACGAACCGGAGGGUGAUACGCCUGCGAUGACGGCGAUGAAGAUGAAAAGUGAGAAGCAGUGGCAUCGAGCGUUGGUCAACGCCGGCUUCGAUGAGUCUGGCAACCCUCUCAGCUUCCCAAUUCCCCUUGUCAAGGACAAGCGUUGGUUCUUCAAGCGUUUCUUGUUCUUAUGGCCUUUCUUUUUGGGUGGUCUGCAGUUGUACAUGCUGGCACAUCUCGUCAUCUGGGUUUCGAUUCCGGGCGUGCUCUUGAUCGGAUAUGCACUACAAUACCUGGUGGGAAAAUUGCUGCGAUGGGCGCCCAACGAUAUGAAGAAUCUUCAUCACACCCCAGUGCUUGCUGGUAUCUUUGCGGGAACAUUAUUCUGGGUGGGCAUGUGCUGGCUUUUCCGCGUUCUGCCGACCACGUUCUCCUCUCAUCCGCUUUUGAACAUCUCCUUCCUCCUGUCAUACAUCCUUUGCACCUACUUUUACGCCUCGACCAUGACUUCCGACCCUGGAUUCAUUCCCAAGGCUGCCAGCCGAGGCCUCACGAAGAAAACGAUUGACGACCUUGUAGAGCAUAACGCAUUUAACGAGAAGCAUUUCUGUACACAAUGUAUGAUUCGCAAGCCUUUACGCAGCAAGCAUUGUUGGCGGUGCAAACGAUGUGUCGCGAGAGAAGACCACCACUGCCCUUGGGUCGAUAAUUGUGUUGCAGUGAAUAACCACAAACAUUUCGUGCUUUAUGUCAUGUUCAUGAUUCUUGGUAUCAUCCUGUUCAUUCAACUUACACUCGCCUAUAUCACUAUCCUCCCACCGCCAACGGCAUAUGAGUGCUCCAUCCUCAAGGACGACUACUGCGCCCAGCUGUGCAAGGAUCCCUUCGUGAUCGUGACCUGCGCUUGGGCAGGUCUCCAGCUCACAUGGACUUUCAUGCUCCUCUUCGUGCACUUCUUCCAAGUAUCCCAAAACAUCACAACAUAUGAGAACAUGCGUCAUGCACCCGACGGGGGACCACUUCUCGCCGCCGCCACAUCAGGCACCACCUCCCUCGAAGCCGCCAACGUCGUCGACGGCACCGGUCAAACCUCAAGUGGUGGCCACUCCCAUCCUCACCCCCACAAACACGCAGCCGCAGCAAAAAAGCCUGGCCUCCUCAGCAGUUCGUGCGCCAUUCUCGGCGUCGACACCUUCAUCGCCAUCGCAUUCCAGGGCUACAAAGGCGCACAAAACAAAGACAAACACAAACAGCACCCCCGCAAGACCAAGCCUUUCUCCCGCGGCAUUUUUCGUAAUUGCCAGGAUUUCUGGUGCGAUGGACCGAUUUUCGGAUCGAAAACUAAUGGCAAGGCCCUGCUAGGUGGGGACACGGUCGAUUAUACGAACAUGUAUGAAGUCCCUCGCAAGGGAAUGCUGUAUCGGGGAGAAUAUGCCCGCGUGGCGGAUGGAGAGGAGGGGGCGGAGGUGUAGACUCCUCUUUUGAUGGUGUUAGAUAUUUGUUGCGGUUAGCGAUAGUGCGAAAUUCAGCGUGACUCCUUUU